AUGAUCGUGACGUUCUGUGAAAGGCUAGGUUGGACUUACCUUCGAAGUGUAUUGGACGGCUUCUCUGAGCGAUUAACAUUUGGUGUACGUAAAGAUUUGACGGAAUUGGUACAAAUUGAAGGAAUUGACGGAAUGCGAGCUCGAGCUUUUCAUAAUGCCAAAAUUACAACAGCAGCUGUGCUGGCGACUACUCCUCUUAACGACAUAACAAAAAUAUUACGAUCUGUGGUACCUUUUGUCAGACGUGAUAACAAUGAAGGGAUGAAUCGCUGGCUCGCUGGAGAAGGCUUGAUGACAGAUACUGAAGCAGCACAACAGUUGAUUAAGCGAGCUCGUAAUCAUAUUUCAUCCUCUAUCAAGUAUGACAUUUUAAAAUCUGAUUCAACACUUUUGAAAUCACGGCUAUUGGCAUAUUUUCGGAAGACAAAAUUGAUUCGUUGUUUACCACAAUAA